AUGAAUAAGCUUGUGUUCGUGGUGCUGUGUGCGCUGCUGGUUGGCGGGGCGCUGGGUGAAGCGGCGCUCGGCAACUAUUACAAGGAUGUCGUGCGGGAGCAGCAUAAACUGAUCAAUGAGAUGAAUCAAAACUUUACCGAGCUGGAAAAGGCCAGCGAAAAGCUGAUCGAUUUGGGUGCCUACGUCGGCAAGUACAAGCUGCCCCCGAAGACGAUCAAGAUCACCAAAACGGUGGCUGUGAAGGUGCCAGUACCGUUCCCGGUGAAGGUACCGGAACCGGUUCCGGUCCCGGUGCCGGUGAGCAAACCCGUCCCGGUACCCGUUCCGACGCUGGUUGCCAUACCGGUCGAGAGUACUGCCGCCACCGUGGUGGCAGUUACUGUGGCCGGUAGCACCAGCGGCCCAAGUCCGUCGCCGGUGCCCGCGGAUGCUGACCCAGCGUCGUCACAGGCGCACGCGAGCACGGUGCAGGUCCAAGAGUACGUACACUCGUUUCCAAUACACUCUGUAUACGACGCUGGCGACGAUUACAAUCCCAUGGAAGGAAACCGUCUCGCACUAGCGGAACACACUGCAUCCCCUACUGAGAGCACGUUCAGUAAACCAAGUCCUUCUUCACUUCAACAGUUGGAAGAAUAUCAGCACCAGUACGCCCAGCACCACCAGCGCCACACCGGGCAGCAUUCGCAGCAGCAGAAGCAUCGCCAGCAUCAAAAGCCAACGCAAACGGGAUCGCAUUCGGGCGCGGAACACUACUACCACGGGGGACACGGGGGCGGCGGGGCCAGCGGGGGGCAACGACAGUUCUAUGUCGGUGGUGCUCAAGUUCAAGCCGGUGCGCAUUCGGCUGCAAAGUUCCGACCUGAGUCUCAUGCGCUCCAAUCGGCGGCCGAGUCGUAUGACUUCGGGGACGGCGCAAACCAAUUCCACACGUCCCCGCUCACCCGUGCCACGGAUACGCCCUAUUCCACUGCGUCAGGCAUCUCCGGAGGCAAAUCUGCACCGUCUGCGCCGUCGGCCAUCGGUGAAGGCUACCGCUUUGCCGGUGAGCAGCAGCAGCAGCCACAGCAGCAGUUCCAGCGAGGACAGCACGGAGGAUCUUCCUUCGAGUCUCAGCAAUACGGUCGAGGAGGAUCAGGAGGAGGAACCGGAGCAGGAGGACGAGGAGGAGCGGGAGAACCGAGCGGCGGAAGAGUCGUCGGAGCAGAUAUCGGAGGAGUCGGAGGAAGUGACCCGGAAGCCGGUGCGCACUCGUAUGUCAAGUUCAGCGAAGCUACGGCAAUCGAAGCGGACAACCAAGCGACCACGGUACCGCGAUUCCAAAGUGAAGGCGAAACGAGACUCCAAGCGGGAUUCGAAGCGGGAUUCCAAGAAGGGCUACAAACGACACACCAAGCGGGACUCGAAGCGGGACUCGAAGCGGGAUUCCAAGCGGGGCUCCAAGCGGACCAAGGUGCCGAAAAAGGUGCGCAACAUCAUGGAGCCGGUGCCAAAACGAAAGAAGUUAACGAUCUCACCCCACGCCCGUUCCAAGCUGUUCGCGAAUCGUACCCCCGGUAUGAGAAGCCCGAUUUCGGUCGCUACCACACCGCUGCCAGUGGUCACCACCAACAUCAUCACCACCAUGACUCCGAUCGUCAACAGCAAGGCAGUGUCCGUGGAGGAAGCGGCAGCGUCCUCGCCGAAGGCUACAGUCACCCGGCUUUUGCCCAGUCGAACCGACCUGGUGCAGCAACCGUCGGAGCUGCCGCCACCACCGCAACACACGGUUACUCGGUAUCGGGGGAACGGACCGUUUACCCGAAGAUAUCCACCGCGGGCUACCAUCAUUCGCAUCCAUAUCCAGCGGACCUUCCAGGGGAAGCGCAUAAAGAUCUUCAUCAUCAAGCCAACACCGCCGGGGAUCCCUUCCCUUUCUACCACGCCACCAAACACGAUCCCCUUCUUGCUGGGCCAGCCCUCAAAUCGUAUCACUCAGACGCUGCUGCCGGCGGACCAUCCUAUCAGCUACAGCAACAGUACGGCGAACACAAGGAGUCCCCGGCGCGCGGUACAUCCGCGCAAACCGUACACGAGUUUCACAACGCCGGUGGCUACCACACCUUCACCGAGCACCACCACGACCAGCACGAUCAGUUUGGCCAGAAGCACAAGGGAGGCUACGGAUCCUCCGCCAAGCCCACCGUCUACAGUGUCCCCAGUGACGCACACCUCUACCCUAGCUACAACGACCACGACCACCACCACGGAAGUGACAACAACGGCGCAACCCACAGUCACGACCACACCGGAACAGGCGGAAAGUUCCACUAUCACUUCCACAAUGUCCACCCGGUCGGAGUCGGUGGUGCCGGAAGUGGUAACGACCACCACGAGCCCGCUGCCAGCGAGCACCAGUACGCCGUCCACGCCGAGCUCGGCCAGUACGGUGGUGUUGCCGGACCGGACGGAAGUCUCGUAACCUCGUACGAUCCACCUGCCAGCGGCAGCACCUUUCACCUUCACGACGACGGUACGGGUGACAUGUUUGCCGGUGCUUCUACCGUGCAAGAACGGCAACACCGUGCACCGUACGAGGAAUCUUCGCCGUACGGUCACACGCAUUGA